AUGAGGUUCAGGUGGGUCGCCUUGGGGGCCUUUUCGGUCUGCGCCGCUCCCAGCGUGAAUCUACAGGAGCCGCUGAGUCUGGGCACUUGCAUUUGCGAUCUCACCCAGGGCCAGUGCGACAUCAACUGUUGCUGUGAUCCAGACUGUGACAGCCUGGGAACCUUGAAGGACAGCUUCAACUGCCUGCCUGAAGGCCCUAGAGAUGCAGUCAGUGAGCGGUACUGCUACUCGAAAAGCUGGUUACACAGCGUGAACCCGCGCGUUGACCUUUGGGUCAUUACAGAUGACCUGCGGGGUCUGCUCUGCGUUUCCGUGGACAACAGCGCUGUUCAAGGAGAGGUCUUCCAGAAUGAGGCCCUUCUGUCGUCUGCCCAGAUAGAUGCCAUCAUCCAGGUGGGGUUGCCAGGCAGCUUUUGUCCGUAA